AUGAGAGCUUUGGUGAGAGAAAUACUAAAUCCAGUUUUACAAAAAAAUGAAGAGGAAAAAGAAAGAUAUCUAGAAAUUUCCAAGAAAACCCAAGAUUUCAUAUCUAGAUUAGAAAUCAUAGAGUAUUCUUACUUCAAUAAUAAGAAAAACCAAAAGGCUCCUAAUUUAUUUGAUACUAUAUUCCAAAAAAUAACAGAAAUUGAAAAUGAAAGAAAACUAAAGAAUAUGGAAAUUAAUGAUAAAUUAGAACAUUAAAAUAAAUUGCUUUCCCAAUAUGAAGAAAUACUGAGCAAUACCAAGGAUUAAUUUAAGCAAUAUAUUGUAAAUGAAUAAAUUAGGCAAGAUGCUCGCGUUCUUUCCAUUAGCGAAACUAGCGAUAGCUUUGUAGAUAAAAUUAAUUAGCUAAGGGAAUAAAUUUUUCAAAUGAGCUAAUAAAUUGAAGUUUUAGACCAAACCAAGCUAAAUGUAACAAGAUUUACUGAAUGUUGCGAUAAGUUUGAUAAAUUAAUGGCGAAAUUGGAUGACGUAGCAGUAAAUUAAUAGAAUAAGCUAAUCACUAUCGAAAACUACUGCGAGAAGUAUGUUCCUGUUAAAAUAUAAACAAUAGUGAUGGAUAACAUCAAGCUAUUCGUGAACAAGGAAACAAUGCAAAAGCUAAAAAGCUAAGAAAAUAAGAUAUUUCAUGAAAUAACUGACUAGCUUUUAAAUGAUGAUGGUAAAGGAAGUAUCUUUAAUAACAUAAUGAAAAUAAACGAGGUUCUUUCUAAGAGGCUUUCCACUGCUGUAGAUUUAUCAAAUAUGUAAAAACAUUAAUAGCCGCAGUUCAAAUACCAAUCAUUUUAAAGCUCUUUGUAAGUCCAGAAAGAGCCCUCAGUUAAUAAUAGGGAAAAUAAUCAAUCUUUAAGAGGUACAGUAAUUGGAGGAGACAUUAUGAAUAAAAUGAUAGAUAACAUGCAAUCAAAUAUGCACAAAACUUAUUCUGUCUCGCCAGAAAACUCAAUUAGCAACAUGCCAAUUACAAAUACGAAUAGAAAUAUAUAAAAUAGCACUUAAGGAGACAAUAAUGAGCCAAAUGAAAUGCAAUUCAUGCAAAGAGAGUCCGAGAUGGAAUCUGAUGAAGAAUCGGUACAAUCAGAAAACUCAAUAAAAUUCCUGAGAAUCAAAGAAGAAUUUUCAGAGUUUAAGGAAAUCUAUAAGCGAUAAUUAGACCACUUUAUGUCCUAUAUUAAACAUCAAGUAAAAGAAUAAUAAAUAUAUAUUCAAACAAUUCAUUAAGAUUUUGAAGAUAUUGAAAAGAAAAGAACUGCUGAUUAUCAGGAGGAGGAGUCAUAGCGUAAUAAAAUAAUGGAGGAUAUUGUAAAACUAUAUUAAAAGAUUUAAGACAGUGACAAGCAGUUCUUAAUGUAUGACAAGAAAUUUAACAUAAUGAGUGAUAAAAUUAUAAGAAUGAGACAAAUAAUGGAGUUAAAAAUCAAUGGUUAAGUGUCCUAGAUAGAUGAUAGGGACAAAAAAGAUUAAUUGUCUAUGACAUAAUACGCAUCAUAAAAUGAGUAUACAACAUUUACUGAGAAUAGCAGUGUUCUAGACAGGAGAAAAAAGAAUCAAAGGCAGUUCUUUAAUUCCACGAGGCCCUCACUUUCAAUUUUAAAGGGUGAUAGAACUUUAAGUCAUACUCCACACAACUUUGCAAGAGGAUCUAUAAAUACUCCUUUAAUCUCUGAGUUAGGUCUAAAGACAAUGGAAAUCAAUCCAAAAAAGCAAGAAGGCAUAUAAUAGCAGUUCUAAUAGGUCUAAAUUAAGCUAUAAUCGAUGAACAUUUCUAAAAAAGAAUUCGAUUUAAAUGAAAGUGAGAGAAUUAAAACAAAGAUUAGGUACAACAAAAAUCAUGCAAAGGAAAUAGAGUCAUCUGAAUACAAUAUGCCACCAAGCGGCAUGUCUAUGAUAUAGCCAACUAAAAAUUAGAAUUUUCACAAUUGA